GUUAGCCUCGUAGACUCGGCGGCCGCCGCCGCUACGAAACGUGCCCACGAGGGGCCUUUCCUGCCAUCAGCCUAGCUGCACGAGGCAAUCACGCCGCCCGAGGCAGCCCAUUGGCGGGCGGCGAAGGAACCCAGCCUGUGAUUGGUGAGGGGCUUUUUUCCCUUCCCUUUCCCCCCUCCUCCCUCCCAGCUGCUUUGGUGGAUGGAGUGUUUUGGUGUGUUUCCCUCUGUGUUUUGGCUGCUCGCCUCCUUCGAAGGAGGGGAGGAAAGAGGAAGGCGGAGGAGGAGUAGGCGGUUCUGGUUGUUGCUGGCUUUGUCACAUCGCUGCUGCCUGCAGGAGCUUUCACCAUGCACACCUCGCCCUGCGGCGAUGAGAUGGGAGAUGCCCCCCCUGUUGACAUUGUGGACAUCUAUGAAUCUAUACGAGAACGACAGCGUCAUGACAGCGAAAGGUCUUCUUGUAGCACCUUGGAACAGAAUGACAUAGAAGCAGUUGAGGCACUUGUUUGUAUGAGCUCCUGGGGUCAAAGAUCACAGAAAGGUGACCUAUUAAAGAUAAGACCUCUUACACCUGUCUCGGAUUCAGGAGAUUUUGCCAUGCAUACUGAACCUGCAUCUGAACUGCCUAAGGAUUAUAACUUUUUAUCCACACUGUGUAUGACGCCACCCUAUAGUCCUGAUUUUGUUGAGCCAUCUACGACAGCGCUGGUCUCAUCACAAGUCACUUAUUCAAAAUCUAGGACAAUUAAGGCAAAUGCAUCUACCUGCCAAUUCACUCCUGCAAGCUGUGCUCUUGCUGCAGCCCAGCUGUGUGUCCCCAAUAUGGAGAGGCAGUCCAGCCAGAAGCCAGUGAGAGCUGAGCAACCUGUUCCUCAGCUUUGCAGAGCCAUGGCAACUAGUGUGAUCCGUCACACAGGCAACAGGUCUGGUUACUCCCGCAUUCCUGCUGUGCAAGAAAAAGCAGAAGCGACAUUGAGCAGCAGUAGUUCUGCAGACCGGAGCGAGGCACACGACCAGAGACAUUCCCAGGAAGCCAACAUUGCUGACCGCUUAAUUUGUGACAUUUCACCAGUGUGUGAAUCAUAUUUGCGCAGCUCAAGUAGUUCUAAAGCCACCAUUAAAGGACAUGAAAUGCAGCUUUCUUUGCGGCAAACUCCUCUUUCAAAGAAUUGUGAAAAUGAUGCCCAGCAAAAGAGUACCCCGCUUCUACCUGCCCACCUUCCAAAUCCCCAGGUGUUCUGCCAAAUGAUCCCCUUGGAUGGACAAAGAGGUAUGGUUCCUGCCUUUCUAAAGCCCUCUCCUCAGACGGCAACAACGGUCAAACCCAUCUUACCCCACACAGCCCCAGUUUCCCAGCCGGUUCUCAUGGGACCUUCUGUGCCUCAGGGGACUGUUAUGUUGGUUCUUCCACAGGCUGCUGUUGCACAGGCACCACCAUGCCAACAAACUGUGAUGUCUGUUGGGAACACCAAGUUAUUGCCUCUGGCCCCUGCUCCCGUUUUCAUUGCCUCUGGUCAGAGCAGUGCACCUUUAAUGGACUUUUCUCGGAGAAGGAAUUAUGUGUGUAACUUUCCGGGCUGCAGAAAAACGUACUUCAAAAGCUCUCACCUCAAAGCCCAUCUCCGCACUCAUACUGGAGAAAAACCCUUCACCUGUAGUUGGGAAGGCUGUGAUAAAAAAUUUGCCCGCUCCGAUGAACUUUCUCGCCAUCGCAGAACUCACACAGGGGAAAAGAAGUUUGCCUGCCCAGUUUGUGACCGCCGUUUCAUGCGUAGCGAUCACCUGACGAAACACACCCGUCGUCACAUGACCACAAAGAAGGUACCUAGCUGGCAGACAGAGGUUGGCAAAUUGAAUAGGAUUGCAACGAUGGAGAAGCCUAGAAGUGAGGCUGCUUUGAGCAUGCUUCUGCCUAUGUUGUCUUCUGGCUAAUAGACCUAUUUGAAAACAGACAUUCAGGCAGACUAUGGUGGUUCACACAACCAUCUUUGACUGAUUUCUUUAUUUCUGUUAAUGAUUGCUUUUUAUAUGGCGGGGGGACUUUGCCUCUUUCCCCUCCCCCCCUCCUUUGGUUUAAGCCCUAUUUAAAUGAUCGAGUUACAUUUUAUUUCCGUAAUCCUUUUCGUUUUUCCCGUACUUAGGGGCAUUCACCAGCACUUCAAGAAAUCAAAACUUUUUGGAAGAAAGUUGGUAAUUGACUGGGGUUUUGGGGGGGAAACAUAUCCCAAUUUUAAUGGUUGAUAGAAAGUGAAUCAGGGUGACUCUUCCCCCCCACCCACCCCGUAAACUUUAUAGUAUGUUUUUAUACUAAAUGGAUCUUGUAUUUGUUCAGCUGCAGCCUGAUCUUGCAAAGUGGCAUGGAAGGUUACGACCACUAUCUGGAAACUACUUUUUCUUCUGAACACAAUCCAUGUUAAUUUAUUCUGGUGAUAUAAAAUCUCAGUUUCUGAACCUUAAUCCAGCAACUGAAUCCAGUUUAGAAUUGCCUGCUGCAUCACAUUUUAAAGCAUAGCCAUUCUUUCCCUUACCUGAAGACAGGUGCAUAGAUACCGUAGGGAUGAUUUCUACAUGCAACUAGCUCAGAACCUCUUUAGAUACAAUGCUGGCUACAAGCAGCACUGCCAAAAAGCAUGUGCCCAUGUCAUGGUUCACAUGGCCAGCGUUGCACUUAAAAGGUUUUGUCCUGGGCACCAUUUUACAUGUACUAAGCCUGCUGUUAGUCAAGACGUACAGCAUUUGCAUGCAUAUGGACUAGUGCAUGUGACACUUGUAUGGAGCUCCCACUUAGGUUAUGGUUUAGUGCUGGGGACACAAGUGACUAUCAUUGUGUCUAAAUUAGCCCUUAGAGACAACAUUCCAGAAUUCUGGCUGUAUCCCUGCAGUCUACGAGUCUCACUUGAGUUGGGUAAACAUUGAUGGACCUGGUCAUUAAGAUUUAUGUUCAUAUUUCUUUUGAAACAAGAAGAUUUGCUAGAGUGCCCCUAUGUUUAGAACUUGAAACACAGUAUUGGAUUUAGCACAGAUAAUUUUACAGGCUUGAGACAUGUCUGUCACAAGCAUCUUACAGCAAAAUCCUGCCAAAGUCAAGCACAUUCCUGGUGCGUUGAUUUCAACGAGAGAAUUAAGUGCAUGCUUAAAUCUCUCUCUCUCUUUAACCCACUGGGGAUUAAUGUUGGUUGAAUUGUGCCCUCAGCUGUUGGGAACAAGAAAAAAGAAAAACCCAACUAUACUGUAUUGAUCCAUGUAAAGGGGAGGUGAUUCUGAUUUGAGGUAAAAGCUGAAAAUGCAGUAGUUGCAUUAUGUCAACUGAACAAAAUCUUCAGCACUCUAAUUUGAGCAUUCCGUGGAAGAUGAACAGUGUAAAAGGAUAUUUGGCAUUCAACAGUGAGUCAAUUACAGCUCUCUCUUGUAGUACUUGUGCUUUAAAAUUAGAGGUAUAAAUACCUCUCAAGUACUGCAGAUCCUGGUAAAAAAUUAUUUCCAUCCAUUCUCCUCCGUCAGAAUAGCCUCAAAAGCUCUUAGCUUUGGAACAAAACUGCUUGAUAAAAACAAGGAUGCUGUUCUCAUGGUCUUUUCCACAGCACAGAUUAGUAAAAACGAAGGACAACACUGCUAAUUGUAAGACUGCUGUUUCUUAACUGUCUUUAGGAGACCACAAUGAAGAGAACGAAGUUAUGGGAGACAUGUGGGGUGUUUAGCCGCCACCUCAAAUGAUUUGCUAAAUUUUUCAUAUAUAUAUUUAAUCAAGCUGAGAAGAUUGUUCUGAUGUAAAAGCGUGAUUUCUUCAUAUGUGGUACAAUAUCUGAUGCUUUAUUAGUACCUGACACUAGAUAGCCCCUCUUAGUUGUUAUAUCAAUUGGAUGUCUUUAUUAUUAAGCCAGUUGCCAUAGAUUUAUCUAUUAAUUUUUGAGCCAUCUGAGGGCAUUUUCACUGAUAAUAGGAGUUUACUGGAAAUAACUUUGGAGUAUGUGGUUUGAGAAUAGCAAUCUGGAAUCCCUAAUUCUAUGGACUGGCUCUCGUGCAUCUGCCAUUAGUUCCGGAGUGAUGCACAGGCAUUGCUAGUGUGUAGGGCUACCAGUAUAUGUAUUGGCCCUGCUGUUGUGCCCCUAGCAGCUGCCUGGCAUGUAGAAAUCUAGUAAGUGAAGCUUUUCCCAUCAUUCAUGCCAAGGAAAGUGUCAUCUAUUAAAUUCUGAAGGUCAGGCUGCUGUUAAAGGCACAGGAUCUCUAUAGCCUUAUUGGUGUGACAUCAGUUUUGUGAGUUGGCAGUGCCAUUAUUAUGCCCAUCCAUGGCAUUUUCCUGCUGAUUCUGAAUGAACUACUUUGCAUAAUGUUGAUUAUAACGGAAGCUGCCAUUUUCUUCCUCCCCCACCCCCCAAACAGCAGCAAUUUACCAUUAAUAUAUGGAUUAAGUGUAGUCUUCAGUUGAUAAGAAUCUUUCGCAAUGACCUGAAUUCCCAUUUUUGAGUAUUGCAAGCUGGAUUCCUUUGGAAUGAGGUUAAACCAGGCUUCCCUACUUUGUGACCCACCAAGCCAAAUGCAGCCCACCAACCAAAAAUUAUGGCCUGCCAGGUAUUUGAGGGGCUCCUUUGUUUCUCCAUUCUGAGGUUGGUAGCGAAAACAAACAAAAACUGCAUACAUGUGUACAUGCUGCUUUAAUUCUGCUAUAUAAAUAUAUAUUUCUAACUUGGUAGUUCAAAUGCCAGCACAGCAGUGGGAUAACACUCCUCAGAAGCAAGUCAGCAGGCAUACGGUCUGUGUAAAUAGAUUCCCUUUUUAUGUUCAGUUAAUUGAAAGGAAAUAUUACACUCUUCAGUGUGCUAAAAGAGCUUAU